AUGGACGCAUUACCACCAACCCUCUCGCCAUCAUGCGCAACAUCAUACCUCCACUACUCCGAAGCAACAACAUCACCAUUGACAGCCAUCCCCUCAACCUUCCAAAUAUCCUUCGCCAUCAACGACAACUAUCUCAACUUCUCCUCCACCAACAACGGCAGCACCUCCCUACCACCGCUUUCCCAAUCAACAGCAACACCACCACCCCUCCCGCCGCCAUCAUGGCAACACCAAUGGAUUUCCCUCUCCUCCCUCCUCAACACCAAUCUCCUGACCCUUCUGCUACUCCCCCUCGUCAUCCGCGAGAUCCCGACCAUCAUGACCACCACCCUCGACCCGCUCCUCGAUUACGUUUUCGACCCGUGGAGCUGGGGAUAUUUUCCCGUGUGGUGCGCCGAGGUGUGGCGAUUGUUGAGGGACGAGAGGCAGGCGGUCGUCGCGGGGCUGGCGGGGAGCAACGCGGGGGUCGGGGCGGUGGAGAGGGUGUGGGUGGAGAAGGGGGUGGUGGAGGUGGUGGAAUUGAGGAUUGGGAAGGUGUGA